GAAAGUUGAUCAAUUCUCUUUUCUUUUGCCUUUUCAAUCAAUUUACUCUUUUUAUUAAUCAUUGAUUAUUGUAGAAUUAAUUAAUUUAGCUCAUGUUUUUACUAAUUUUUAAACUCUUUUCUUAAUCUACGUCUACAAUAAUCUCUUUAUCCAAACAAUCAUUUGGUUAAUUCACUCAAAGAGAUUAUCCCAGCUCAGUUGUUUCUCGUUGAAAGGUGAAAAUAUCACAGUCACAAUAUAUCAACAAUUAAUAUAAAUCAAGAUGAAUAAUUUUGUCCAAAAUGGGCUUCUACCUAAACUCGAGGAUACAGUUGAUAAGGUUCUUCGCCAUUCCAAGCAUAUUUUACCUACAUUAGCUCGUGCGUGUUUAAUAUCUACCUUUAUUGAAGAUGGUAUCCGAAUGUAUAUCCAAUGGUCAGAACAACGAGAAUUCAUGAAUAUGUCAUGGGGUUGUGGUUAUUUUCUAGCGACCAUGUUUGUCCUUUUUAAUCUUGUUGGCCAAUUAGGGGGAUCAGUUAUGGUCCUCAUUCGAUAUCAGGUCCCAUAUGCCUGUUUCUUAUUAUUCUUAAUCAUUGUUGUUCAGACAAUUGGUUACAGUAUUCUUUGGGAUCUACCUUUCCUAUUAAGAAAUUUAUCUCUUUGUGGUGCUGUAUUACUAUUGUUAGCUGAAUCCAAACAAGAAGGGAGAAGUUUAUUCGCUGGUGUGCCAACUCUUGAUGAAAAUAAGCCCAAAAAUUACAUGCAACUAUUGGGACGAAUUUUACUCGUUUUCAUGUUCAUUACUGUUCUUAGAUUUGAAUUCAGUCUUUUACAAUUUAUCCAGAUUCCAGUAGCCUGUUCACUCAUGAUUCUUGUAACUGUUGGCUACAAAACCAAAUUAAGUGCAUUCGUCCUGGUUUUAUGGUUAACAGGACUUAAUUUCUGGUUAAAUGCCUGGUGGACUGUUGAUUUACACAAAUCAGUUCGAGAUUUUCUUAAAUACGAUUUCUUCCAAACACUUUCCGUGGUUGGAGGUUUACUCAUGGUUGUUUAUCUUGGUCCCGGAGGUGUUUCCAUUGAUGAUUACAAGAAACGUUGGUGAUUAUCUAAAGAGAAUUGAAAAAUUCUUGAAGGCAGAAAAAAUUUAUUAAAACAAAAAGAAAAUGAAAAACGAAAAAAAACGAAAAGAAGAUUAAAAAAAGUUAUUGUUCAAGAAAAAGUAAUGGAAGCGAAAACCAGAAAGAUUAUCAAAGUGAAUUUACUGAUUGAAAAAUCGAGAUCUAAAUCACCAGAGGAUAAGAAGAAGAGUUUAAUUUGAAAGCCACAAAAAGAAACAAACAACAAAUAAAUUAAUUUUUAUAUCAAGAAACAAA